AUGCCUCGCCAGUUUCCGAAGGUAACUCUGAGUGAGGCAGAUGAGAAGACUCAGCUGUUAGCAGAGAAAGUAUAUGCAUCUGCUUUGAAAGAAGAAGACAAUAAGGAUGCCUUAUCAAUGUUCACCAUGCCUGAGGACUGCCCAAUCGGCCUCCAGCAAGCAAUGGAACAUGAACUGCUUAAGGAGCUGGCGGAGCAACAGUCAGAGGAGACUACCAAGAGGAAGAAAAGCUUAAAGAUGAUUCGUUCCAAGUCAAUGUCCCUGCAGAUCCCAGUGAAUGCAGAUUGGACGCGGUCAGUGGCUACUACACCAUUCCUGUCCCCCAGCUCCACCUGUUCAUCAGUGCCAGAAAACUGUCCUGAUUACCAGAGGGUCACUAUUAGUGGGGAUUACUGUGCUGGAAUCACAGUGGAGGACUAUGAACAGGCAGCCAAAAGUCUGUUAAAUGCCCUGCUCAUUCGUGAGAAAUACUCAAAGCUAGCCUAUCAUAGAUUCUGCAGAACCACAGCACAGUUCCUCCGCAGUGCUCAGAACAUGCGAUGGAACGAGGGAGAUGAAGUUCUACCAGAUAUAUGCCCACGUCCAUCAGAUGGGGAAGAUCCGUACAGCAUGGAGAACAUCCCUGAGAACAUGAACUAUGAACUGAAGAUGAAGGAUGGAAUAGUGAAUGUAUAUGACAACGUAGAGGCUCUGAGAGAAAACCAGCCCCAUGACCUUCCUUACCCAGACUUAGAGACCUUUGCCAUAGACCUCAGUCAUGUGCUGGCAAUGAUUGCAGAUGGACCCACGAAGACCUACUGUCACAGACGACUAAAUUUCUUGAGUUCAAAGUUCUACCUCCAUGAGAUGCUCAAUGAGAUGGCUGAGCUAAAGGAACUGAAAAGUGUGCCUCACAGAGAUUUCUACAAUGUUAGGAAGGUGGACACUCAUAUUCAUGCCGCUGCUUGCAUGUCUCAGAAACACCUGCUGACCUUCAUCCAGAAAACAUACAAGACUGAUGCAGAACGUGUGGUGUUGGAAAAGGCUGGACAAAAGAUGACUCUGCAGCAGGUUUUCCACAGCCUCAAUAAGGACCCCUAUGACCUUACUGUGGACUCUCUGGAUGUACAUGCUGGGAGACAAACCUUCCACCGGUUUGAUAAGUUCAAUUCAAAGUAUAACCCAGUGGGAGCCAGUGAACUUCGAGAAAUCUUCCUGAAAACGGACAACCUCAUUAAUGGAGAGUAUUUUGCUCGCAUCAUAAAGGAAGUGGCCCAUGACCUGGAGGAGAGUAAGUAUCAGCAUGCCGAGCCACGUCUGUCCAUUUACGGACGCUCUCCAGAGGAGUGGGACAGUCUGUCUCGGUGGUUCAUUCAUCACAAAGUACACUCUCCAAAUAUGAGGUGGAUCAUUCAGGUGCCCAGAAUAUAUGACAUUUUCAGGUUGAAGAAGCUGGUACCUAAUUUUGCCAAGAUGCUGGAGAACAUAUUCCUUCCUCUGUUUGAGGCCACUGUCAAUCCACAGGAGAACAAAGAACUUCACGUUUUCCUCAAAUAUGUGUCAGGCUUUGACAGCGUAGAUGAUGAGUCCAAACACAGCAAUCACAUGUUCUCCUACAGGAGCCCAAAGCCGGAACAGUGGACAGCAGAUGACAACCCUCCCUAUAGCUACUACAUCUUCCACAUGUAUGCAAACAUCAUGGUCCUCAACAACCUCAGAAAAGAGCGUGGGCUAAGCACCUUCCAGUUCCGUCCCCAUUGCGGAGAAGCCGGAUCAAUCACUCAUUUGGUCUCUGCCUUUCUCACCACUGACAAUAUCUCACACGGACUCAACUUGAAGAAGAGCCCUGUGCUGCAGUACCUGUACUACCUGGCACAGGUGCCAAUUGCAAUGUCUCCACUCAGCAACAACAGUCUGUUCCUAGAAUACUCCAAAAAUCCUCUCAGAGAAUUCCUGCACAAAGGCCUGUGUGUGUCCCUGUCCACAGAUGAUCCCAUGCAGUUCCACUACACUAAGGAACCACUGAUGGAGGAGUACGCCAUAGCAGCUCAGCUGUGGAAGCUCAGCACCUGUGAUGUGUGUGAAAUAGCCAGGAACAGCGUGCUGCAAAGUGGACUGUCUCACGAGGAAAAGAAGCACUUCUUAGGAGUGAACUACCUGAAAGAUGGACCUGAAGGGAACGAUAUCCGUCGGACCAAUGUCGCUCAGAUCCGCAUGGCCUACAGACACGAGACACUGUGCAAUGAACUUAGUUUCAUAGUCGAUGCAGUUAAGUCUGAACCCAUGAAUUCCAACUAUGAAUAAAAUGGAUCGUUCAUUAGACAGAAUCCAAGCAUGCAGAUUUGCCAUUUGCCGAAAAGUGCCAUUGAGCGAUGGUUAAGUAAAGAAAAAAUAUCCUGUCAGUUUAACAGAAAUGCUUAGAGUUUGGUAAAGUGAAGACACAUGCCUUGGAUGACUAGAUGACUGAUAGCACUUUGGUUCUCAAGGGUUUAGACAAAAGCUGUGGAGGGCCCCCGGAUGUGUGAAGUAGAUUCACAUGCUUGUCAUUACACAAACUCAUGAUGUAUAAACAAUUGUACCUUACACUCCAUUUUGUGAUGGGGGUAUGUCAUAGAAACGGUUUGAAACUUGAAAGUUUUUCAGGUACUGUAUACACUGCACACUGAACAUAAGUACACGUCUUGAGAGCUGUGCACUAUGUUAGUUCAGACAACUCUGAUAACAAAGACAGAUGAUGUCUGGGACAUUUCCUCUGUCUCUCCCUUACAUAGCUUGAUUUAAAGAGGUUUGAGUGAUUUUUUUUUAAAGAUAUUGAAAUAUUGUAGAUACCUAAAUACCUACUUGUAAUGAUACAAACUUUUUAAAAAGCAGUUGCAAUUGUUCUGUACUCUGUUAAAACAACAGUCUUAAGUCUUCAAAAUGAUUGUAUUUCAAACAUUGCCAUCUAGUGGCUAAACUGCACCAUUUAAUAACAUCAAAUGAAAUCUAAAAUAAAAAAUAAACACAUA